UCUCUCUCUCUCUCUCGGUUAUUAUAAGUCUGUUUUUCAGUUUUCUGUCCCUAAAUAUUGGUCAUUUUUCUCUGUUAGUCUUUCGGGAUGCCUGUAUUGCCCUUGAAUGCUCUGCCGGUAGGGUACCGAUUUAGCCCGACGGACGCAGAACUCAUCAAUCACUUCUUAAGCUCCAAGAUCACUGGCAAUCAGGAGGUUGUCACUCAAAUUCGUGAGGUUGAUCUCUGUAAAUUUGAACCCUGGGAUUUGCCUGCUAUGUCGCUGAUAGAAACGAAUGAUGAUAAGUGGAUCUUCUUCUGUCCCAAAGAUUCCAAGUAUAACAACGGGAAGCAAUCGAACAGAGCGACUAGAGCUGGGUAUUGGAAGGCCACGGGCAAGGAUAGAUCGAUCAAAUCUGUUAAUGGAACAACUGUGAUUGGCACGAUGAAGACUUUGGCUUUCUAUACUGGGAGUGCUCCUAAAGGGCAAAGGACUGACUGGGUUAUUCAUGAGUACUCUGCAACCAGUGAGGGGCUUGGGGGUUCUAACCCGGGACAGGGAUCAUUUCUCCUGUUUAAGUUAAUGAAAAAGCAUGACAAGAAGCUAGACAGAAAGCAGGAUGACAGCACUGAAGGUUUGAUCUGCAAUGAAGUUGACAAGAAUGUUUCUUCUUCUGCCACAAUUAUAUCAUUUAUGCCAUAAGAGUUGGCGACUCCUAGGAUGAAUGCCCUAACUGAAAAGCUACCUUCUAGUAGCAACAGUUGGCUCGCUCAAAAUUCUGAGAGUUUAUUUAUACGAUAGAUGUGCUGCUAAUGAUGAUCUGGAAUUUGAUCAAGAAGUGUGGAGACAUCUUGUUGACCCAAAUCUGGAACCACUAGAUUCCCCUGGCAAAAUCUUUUCCCCCUUGCACUUGCCGUGGUACAGUCUUUGUUCGAAUGACAUGCAUUUACCUAUCUCUAAUGAUGUGGGUCCAGACCACAAUGCGGUUCAGUCUCCUUAUGGAACAAACGAACUGUAUAUGGCUGUGCACUUAUCUAGAGUCCUAGCUACCUCAGAUGAACAGACCUGUGAAGAUUCUGGCAGUAGCAAGAAUUUGGCUGUUGAAGCAGCCCAGACACAGGUAUGCCGAAGUCUCCAAGUCCUAGCUACCUCAGAUGAACAGACCUGUGAAGAUUCUGGCAGUUCCAAGAAUUUGGCUGUUGAAGCAGCCCAGGCACAGUUUGAUCCUGAAGGAUCAAGCAAUAAUAGCAAUGCCGUCAACAAUGCUGAUAUUUCUGGACCUGAAAUCAAAUUAAGGACUCACCAACCUCAUGAUCAACGACGGGUCGAAAACUUUGGGCCACAGGGUACACGAAGAAAAGCGCGGAAGGGCCGUUUUCGUUUAUCUUACCCCAGCAAUUUUAGAGAUUUGAGCUACAGGGAAGAAAACCAUGAAGCAAAAGUAGUAGUAGCUAAGGCUGGAGAAGCUGAAGAAAAGCUUAGUGUCACCGCUGAUCCUGCUGCUAUCGUAGAUGAGACCCAGGAUACAUCCCUUUCCAAGUCCAAUGAUGUCACAACACUUGUUCAAGAACAGGCUUGGAUCAUGAAAUCAGGAAGUGAUUUUCCAAGAGGCGGUGACAAAGAGGUUCCCUCUGUGUCAUGGAUAGCUCUUCCAUGUCCUCAUCUAUGUAUGUGCUUGGGGUACUUUUGGCUAUAGGUUUACCUAUUGUCAUUAUAUGGGUUUAUGGAGAUGGCUUGAGUUUUGAAUUUGAUUAGAGAAGAGACCUUAUUUUGUGUAUGAUUGGCCCCCUAGUUAAUGUUUUAAUCAGGUAAUUAAGAUACAAUGGAUAGGGUAAUUAUGUCUAUAUCAACUUCUUAUAUACAACAGCACUUCUAAGUAAUAUUCUGAAAUGGAAGCCUUCUUGUACACGAUGUACUAUUCGGA